AUGAAAUUUAAUAAGCUCGAUGGUUAUUUCGGAUAUGCAUCUUCAGAAGUUAGAGAUAUGGUGCACUCUGAUGUUUUCCCAAAACAAGUUGUGUCUCCCACUAUUAAAGGUGUUGAUGUGAAGGCGGUAGAUGUUGGCAACCAAUUUAAAAAUGAGCAAGAGUUUGAAUCUCGUGAUCACAUGUUUCAAUGGAUUUGUACGAAGGCAUCCAAACUAGGAUUUGGUGUGGUUAUCAGAAGGUCCGAUAAUGAUUCAGAUAGAAGAUGUGCUUUUGUGACAAUGACGUACGAAAGAAGUGGGAAAUAUCUACCUCCUCUCCGGAACUUUAAACGAGACGACACUGAAUCAAGAAAAUGUGAGUGUCCCUUUAAGGUAUAUGGUUAUAUGUUGGCAAACAAAAGCUGGAGAUUUAAUGUCAUAUAUGGUUUGCAUAACCAUGAUUUGUGUGAAAAGUUAGUCGUCCAUCCAAUUGUUUGUCGGCUCAUGCCGGAAGAGAAGGAAUGCGUUGCUGACAUGACAUUGACUUUGGUUCAAUUGAAAAAUAUACUUGCAACUUUGAAACGUAAAUGA